AUGCUUUUUCCUUGUAAACAUAAGGAAUUUUCAUUUUAAAAAGACUCAACUAUUUUCGUCUUUACUUUAACUUUUUUGGCUUUUUUUAUGCUUUUUUUAACACUACCAACUUUUAUGGAUAACUAUAGGAAAAAUUAUAUAAAUUUAACUGAAAUUAUUAUAAGAAGUUUAGAUAUUAUUGCUAUUUGUAUACCACCGGCUUUACCAACUUGUUUAUCUUUUGGAAUUUCUUUUUCGUUAAAAAGAUUGAAUGAAAAAAAGAUUUUUUGCUCUAAUAUUCAUAAAAUUAGUGUUUGUGGGAAAAUAAAGACUCUUUGUCUUGAUAAAACAGGUUUGACAUAAAAUAAGCUUCGUUUGAGGAAUUUGGUUCUUUUCUAAGAUUAGAAAUUCCAAGUUUAAGAUGAUUUUAAUAAGGUUCCUGUUAUUUUCUAGGCUUUAAUUGCAUCUUGUCAUAAUAUUUUGAAAGUAGAAAAUAACCGGUUGAUAGGAGAUAAUUUAGAUUUGGAAAUGUUUAGGUUUUCCGGGGCUUAAAUGAUAAAUGAAGGGUUGAUAAAACUUAAUAAUAAUGAAAAAACUCAAAUUUAAAUACUUGAAAGAACCCCUUUUUUAUCUCAGAAAUAAAAAAUGUACGCAAAAGUGUAAAUUAAUGAAAAUUAGUAUAUUUUUUAGAAAGGAUCGCCUGAAAAAAUACUAGAAAGUUAUCAAAAAUCGCCUUUUAUUUAAAUUUUUAAUGAAAAAUUUUAAGAAUUAGUCAAAUAAGGACAUCGUGUACUAUCAUUUUCAUAUAAAAUUAUUAAUAAAAUAUAAGAAAAUAAUAAUAAUUAUGUAUAUGAAAAUAACAAUAUUAAUAAUUCUUAUAUUUUUGGCGGUUUUUUAAUUUUUGAGAAUUCUUUGAAAAAAAAUACUUUAAAAAAUAUAUAAGAAUUAAAUUAAAGUAAUAUAAAAUUAUUAAUGUUAACUGGUGAUAAUCCAUUAUCUAGUUUAAAAUUGGCUUUUUAGACUUAAAUUUUGAAUACUGAUUAGGCUUUUAUUCUUGAUUUUUAAAUAAAAAAUUAAUAAACGCUUUUAAAUGGCUAAUAAGUUAAUAUUUAAGAUUAGGAAUUGAUAAAAACUUUCGAAUAAAAACCUUUAGUAAUUACAGGCUCCUUUUUUUAUGAGUAUAUGUCCUCUAAAAGGGAUAUAUAGACCCGAAAUAACCAAUAUCUCGUACAAACAAUCCUUAAAAAUGCUAUUAUAUACGCUCGAUUCACCCCUGAUUAAAAAUAAUAUCUAAUCUCCCUCCUAUAAAACUAAGAUUAAGCCAAUUAUACAUUCAUAGGAAUGAUUGGCGAUCCUUCUACAAACUCUGGAGCCUUAAAAGAGGCUGAUAUGGGUGUAUCUUUAAUAAAUAAAGUUGAUGAAAGUGGCUCUUUAUGCCCUUAAGCAACCUUUACUAGUUCUUAAUAAGAUAUAUAAUGUUUAUAUUAGAUAUUAAAGGAAGGAAGAGCAUGUUUAGUAACGUCAUUUGAAUGUUUUAAGUAUAUGGCCUUGUAUUCUAUGAUCGAAUCUUAUAGUUUGAUUUUAUUAUAUUUUAAUACAUCAAUGCCUACGGACAAUUAGUUUCUUUUUUGGGAUUUAUUUAUUAUUUUUCCUUUGACUUUCAUAUUAGGAUUAACUGAAGGGGCCCCUAAAUUAACUAAAAAUGUACCAACAGGGAAUUUGAUUUCUCAUGAAAUUAUAAUUUCAGUAAUUGGAUAAGGUAUUAUUUAGCUUAGUUUUUAAUUAUGGGUUUUAUUUCAAUUGGAAAGGGAAAAUUGGUAUAUUUCAGGAGUAAACAUAUAUGAAAAAUAGGGAAUUUAGGAACUAUAUGAUGUUAGUAGUUGUUAUGAGGCUACUUCCUUGUUUUGGAUUUCAAAUCUUUAAUAUAUUUUUGUUGUAGUGUCUUUUUCAAUUGGGUCAGUGCAUAAAAAACCGUUUUAUUCGAAUAUUUAUUAUUGUCUUACGGUUGCUUUUUUAAGUUUGGUAUCUUUUAUUUUAAUAUUUAGUAAAAUCGAAAUUAUUAGAGAUUUCUUUAAACUUAAAUAUUAAGUAGAAGAUGAGUUAGGAAAUGUUAUUUCAGAAAUGCCAGAUGAUUGGAGAAAUUUUGUGGGAUUUUUAACAGUUUUAAAUGGAAUAGUAACGCUUUUUUAUGAAAGAAAAGUUUUACCAUUUUUAGUUAGAUUUAGUCGAAAGUAUUCAAAAUGGUAUAUGUUUAUUUUUAGAAAAAUUAAGAAACAUUAAGAUAUAGAUGAUUAUAUUUAAUAAUAUUGA